AACUGUCCUCGAUAACUUAAAGGAAAAUGGGUCCUUUCGAGUAAUCCACUCGUGAUUGGACGACGUCACCGGCCGAUAUAGGAUCGAUAGAUUUGCUUGUAGUACGGCUUUUGUUGUGCGUUGUGUUGACGAGUAUAUAAAAAUUUUGUGUUUGGCGCGUGUUUAAUAUUAGCUGUUCAUGCAGAAUGUGAAAAUAAACUGUCUAGGAAAUCUAAGACACAUACUGUGAGAAAUAAACUUAGAUUUGUAAUUUGUUUUACUUUUGGAGGUUAACAUACGAACGGAGUUUUAGCCUACCUUGAAUAUUUCUAUAAUUGGAAAAAAAUGCAAGACCUAGAAUUGGCAGAGUUAGAGGCCGUGAAGCUUAAAUUGAUAAAAAAGGUAGAAACCCUCCGUGACAAAUUGAAAGAGCAAGAGGAGAAUGGAGUCGGGAAGAUUUUGUCAUUGGAAAGGUUUUUAUUGGAGAUUGACGAGACAGAGACCGAUAGUCCUAAAACUUCUUGGCGAGACCAGUCUAAAUUGUGCGAGGCAUCGCGUCGCAUUUUUGGAAUAACAUUUAACGACAUAGAAAAGAAGUGGCUCAAGAAUAAUGAAUAUUUAUAUACUGCAAGGGUGAUAACAAAAGCUAUCAAAUUCUUUUUGGACCUUAAAGUCGAUUUAAAGAAUAAACCACAUUUUGAAGUGACCGAUAUUACUUGUCACUUUGUAGAGGUAAAUCGGUGCUAUAUGACAGAAAUUGGCCCCUGGGUCCAACGAUUUACUAGAAUGAAUAAUUUUCCAUUUUUAAUGUCAGCAAUUUCUGAUUAUAGCGAGCAAAAUGCUAUACGUGCUCGAAUUUUACAAAAAUGUCAAGAGAAAAAUUAUGUGUCUCUAGAAGAGAGCACAGACAUAGAGGGGGGCAUUGUAGCACACGUCCAUUCUACAAAGGAUAAAAAAAGAAUAUAUCUAAAGUUGCAUUGGUACCUGAAAUUUUUUGAUAAUACAUGGAGAAUAGAACAUUUCUUUUCUAUAGAACCAAAAGAACCUGUUGACUUUGCAGAAUCUAAUAAAGAACUAUUAAAUAGCUUCUGUCAACCUUGCCUUAGGAAAAACCAACUUGAGCAGGUUUGGAAUAAAUUAUGUGUUGAACUCGAUACUUGGGAUCAGGCUAACAGCAUCAGCCAGCAAGGAUCGGUUUAACAUUAGUCGUAAGAGUAUGUUCUUUCAUUUUUAGGAGUAUUUUAUUAUGAACUCGUCACAUUUUCUAAAUAAUAUUAUUUAAGUUUGAAUUAAACUACAGUGAAAUGGAGAAGCAUGAGUAAGCCGAACAAUGUCAGCAUCGAAUUCAUUGAGUGAUACAGUUUCUAAUUUAUUUACAAAUUUUUUAAA